AUGAGCGUCAAAGCCCAGCCCGGUGACAAAGUCGUGCUCGCAUACAGCGGCGGUUUGGACACUUCUGUCAUUCUAAAGUGGCUUACUAACAAGGGCUUUGAGGUCAUUUGCUACUGCGCUAACGUGGGCCAGCACGGGGAGGACUACGACAAGGUUCGUGCCAAGGCUAUAUCCCUUGGCGCCAAGAAGGUCUACAUCGAAGACCUUCGCGAGGACUUCGUGGAGAAUUACAUCUUUGAGGCUGUAAAAUCCAACGCUAUUUACGAGUCCCGCUACCUACUUGGCACGUCGUUGGCUCGCCCUGUGAUUGCCAAGAAGCAAGUCGAGAUCGCUCAGGCCGAGGGCGCCAGGUAUGUGGCCCACGGUGCCACUGGUAAGGGUAACGACCAGGUCCGUUUCGAACUGUGCGCUCAGGCCUUGGAUGCACAGCUCAAAACCAUUGCCCCUUGGCGUGACACAGAGUUUAUCGAGAUGUUUAAGGGCCGUGCUGAUUUGAUCCAGUAUGCUAAGGAGCAAAAUAUCCCCAUUGACGCCACCCCGAAAGCUCCUUACAGCGUGGACGAGAACCUGUACCAUACGUCGUAUGAGGCUGGCAUGCUCGAGGACCCUAUGACCGCUCCAAUGGUCGAGAUGUUUAAGAUGACGGUAGACCCAAAAAAUGCCCCUGACUCUGCUGAGCAGAUUCAAGUCCGCUUCAAAAAGGGUGUUCCUGUGGGGGUGACCAACCUCACGGCCAAUACUCCCGAGAUCACGGGUGCAUUAAAUCUGUUCCUCGAGCUCAACAAGCUAGCUGGAAAGCAUGGUAUUGGUCGCAUUGACAUCGUCGAGAACCGCUUUGUUGGCAUUAAGUCACGCGGAUGCUACGAAACUCCUGGAGGUACGAUCCUUCGUCACGCACAUCUUGACCUUGAGGGUCUUUGUAUGGACAGAGAGGUUAUGAAGGUGCGCGACUCGUUGUCCGCCAAAUUUGCUGAAUUUUGCUACAAUGGCUUUUGGUUUUCCCCUGAGAUGGACUUUCCAGAUUUUUCCGAAUUCUACCACAAUGAGAAGAUAACCCGCUUCCAUGUAGAAAAGAAGCGUCAAGUGCAUCAUAAACUUGAGUCAAAGCAUUCAAAUAUUGGAAUUAAUCGUAUGCCUUCUUAUGCAAAAGAAGCAAACAGGAAGCAUGUGUUCCUCCGUAGAGAGGCAUGGGCACAAUGA